GGAAUGUGGUGGAGGUGCCAGCUGAUAUGAGGGCCAAAGACGUGUGUCAGUUCCUGGUCUAUAGGAGCCACUGUCUGGACGACAACAACUGGAGCCUGGUGGAGCAUCACCCACUACUGGGCCUCGGACAUUUCUCUGCCAGACGCCAGGACAGAGUGGCGCAGAUAUACAGACACCUUGAGCUCCAUGUUAGCCAGCACUGAAACAAGAGCGUUGUCUUGAGGACCAUGAGUUGGUGGUUCAGGUUCAAGCCUCUAUGCCCAGUGACAGUAAAUUCCUCUUCAGGAAGAACUAUGACAAGUAUGAGUUCUUCAGGAAUCCCUUGAACUUCUUCCCGGAGCAGAUGGUGGCGUGGUGUCAGGAAUCUAACGGCUCCAUCCCCCACUCACAGCUCUUACAGAACUUCCUAAACUCCAGCAGCUGUCCGGAGGUGCAUGGGUUCCUCUAUCUGAAGGCAUCAGGGAGGAAAUCCUGGAAGAGACUCUCCAUGUUCCUCAGACGCUCUGGACUUUACUACUCCACUAAAGGAUCCUCCAAGGAGCCCAGACACCUCCAGUUGUUGUCAGACCUGGAGGACAGUAGUGUGUUCACAGUGACAACAGGGAGGAAGCUGCACAACGCCCCCACAGACUACACGUUCUGUAUCAAGCCCAGUAAGGUGAGGAGUGAGUGCAAGGAGCUGAGGAUGCUGUGUGCUGAAGAUGAACAGAGCAGAACCUGCUGGAUGACUGCCUUUAGACUCUUAAAGUAUGGGAUAUUACUGGAUCCGAACUACAAGAGUCCCCAGCAAAGGAUGUCUCCGGUCCCACAUUUCUCUACUCCUGUGCGGAGUGUGUCUGAGAACUCUCUGGUGGCCAUGGACUUCUCUGGCAGGACGGGACGCGUCAUAGAGAACCCUCUGGAAGCAGUGAGCGCCGCUGUGGAGGAGGGACAGACAUGGAGGAAACGGGGUCAGCGUAUGAAGGCUCUGGGCAUCCCCAGCCCCCUCCAGCCCUCUUCUCUCAGCUCAGUGAUCCACAGAACACAGCUAUGGUUCCGUGCUCGCAUCAGGAGAGAAGAGUCCCACAAGAUGAUCAUGCAACAAGGACAAGUAGACGGGUUGUUCCUGCUGAGAGACUGUCAGAGUAACCCCAAGGCGUUUGUCCUGACCCUGUGCCACCACCAGAAGAUCAGACACUUCCAGAUCCUACCGUGUGAGGAGGAAGGUCAGAUGUCCUUCAGUCUGGACGACGGCUCCACCAAGUUCACAGACCUGAUCCACCUUGUGGAGUUCUACCAGCUCAACAGAGGGGUGCUGCCUUGCAAACUCAAACACCCCUGCACUGCUGUGGCCUUGUGACCCUUCACCCCUGACCUCUGACCCCUGAAUCAUGAUCUCUGCCCCCUGGUCUCACUACACCACCCCCUGUCUGCAGUUAAAUUCUCUACCCCUCGUUCUCUCGUUCGUCAUGGAUUUAAAGGGAAGGAAUGAAGGAAGCUUUUAAAAAUGAGUGGGAGUAAGCAUGUCCACAUUUUAGAGAGAGGGGUGGGGAAUUCAAACCUUGCCAAACACAAGGACAGACAGACAAACAUAUGUGGUGAACUAUCGUGUUCUAUGGAUAUCUAUGGAUCCAACCAAGCCCGUUUCCUUCUCCUUCAUCCACCUCAGAUAGACAGACAGACAGGGGGCUGGGCUCCCCUCACUUCCUUAAUGAUCAUCAGGGAUAGACAUGGAUCGAAUCGAUCACAACAAUCGACAAUAUCUCAAAUCAAUAUGUGCAGUACAGUCUUUAUAAGCUGAUCACCUGACGCUUCGUGCUACCUGGGGAGCUGAUGUUGCCUGGGAGGCAUCCUACUCUUCCUCUGCUAUACUUACUGGACCAACCAUGCAACUAACUCACAGAGACUUUAUACAGGGCCCUAAGAGGAGAAAAAGAAAACUACAAAAAGAAAACUCCUUUCAAACAAACGGCCAAGACGUUUGUUUGAAAGGGCAGAUGAAUGUUUGAGUUGGGGACUUCCCUGUCAGAGCUGAUGACAUUGUAUUACUGUUGUAGAACUAUUUGCACUUCUGAACAGACAGCCGACAGUUCUCUUCUGAGCUGGAUGAAGCUGAACGCUCCUUCUCAACCUCCUCUUCCUCCUUUCUUUCUUCUCCUCUUGUCCUUCUCCUCUUUCUACUCCCAGCCUACUGAUUGGAUUAGCAUUGCGUUGGACAGGACUGAGAGGCGUGGCUAUUGGGAAAGGUGGAGUCUUUCAGGCUAUGUUCCAAUGUCCACACUAAUAUUGCACUUAGAACAUGUCCAAUACCUUGUUACACUCUUAGUAGUGUGCUAGUGUAACAGUAUAACUUUAGACCGUCCCCUCGCCCAUACACAGGCGCGAACCAGGGACCCUCUGCACACAUCAACAACAGUCACCCUCGAAGCAUCGUUACCCAUCGCUCCACAAAAGCCGCAGCCAUUGCAGAGCAAGGGGAACCACUACUUCAAGGUCUCAGAGCAAGUGACGUCACCGAUUGAAACGCUAUUUAGCGCGCACCGCUAACUAAGCUAGCCGUUUCACAUCCGUUACACUAGUACUGUAUGUGGGUAUUGGAACAGAACCUCAUCACAGCCAGACUGUAUUUUAUUAAUGUCAAUCAGUGUUCUCCAAGUUAGUUGUACGCUUCUCACUGCACAGUUAGCGUGAUGCUGUGUUUAAAUACUAUUUGAAAUCAUUUCUAAUAUACUAUAUGUGCUUGAUUGGGCUUGCCUUGCUUAAUAGACCAAUAGAACUGUCUCAAAACUGCAAACCCUAUCCAUCUGGCUAGAGCAAACACCCAAAGCAUUUGAAAGAUUUCAAAUAGUACUUUUAACACAGGUCAGACCAAUAGGUGUGAGAGGGCAUUAAUUCUCAGAACACAGGAAACCAUUUAAACCACCCCCCAACAUGUAUUGUAUUUAUCUUGAUUUAAAAUAAUGACUUGAGAUGUAGGCUUGGUGGGCAGUGCAGCAGCCCACAGUCUCCUCACCUUAAAGUGGGCAUUGUGAGCUGUGUGUGUGUAUGAAAUCAUGCUAUUAUAAUUUACAUAAUACAUUUAAGAUAGAUGUUCCAAACCCUGGAAACAAGGGUCCAGUAAGAAUGUUUCUGUGAGUAUUGGGACCCGUCCUGUCUAGUUCUGUCUUAUCCUGUCCCGUUCUAUCUUAUCCUGUCCCGUUCUGUCUUAUCCUGUCCCGUUCUGUCUUAUCCUGUCUAGUUCUGUCUUAUCCUGUCCCGUUCUGUCUUAUCCUGUCUUAUCCUGUCCCGUUCUGUCUUAUCCUGUCUAGUUCUGUCUUAUCCUGUCCCGUUCUGUCUUAUCCUGUCCCGUUCUGUCUUAUCCUGUCUAGUUCUGUCUUAUCCUGUCCCGUUCUGUCUUAUCCUGUCUAGUUCUGUCUUAUCCUGUCCCGUUCUGUCUUAUCCUGUCUUAUCCUGUCCCGUUCUGUCUUAUCCUGUCUAGUUCUGUCUUAUCCUGUCCCGUUCUGUCUUAUCCUGUCCCGUUCUGUCUUAUCCUGUCCCGUUCUGUCUUAUCCUGUCUAGUUCUGUCUUAUCCUGUCCCGUUCUGUCUUAUCCUGUCUAGUUCUGUCUUAUCCUGUCCCGUUCUGUCUUAUCCUGUCCCGUUCUGUCUUAUCCUGUCUAGUUCUGUCUUGUUCUGUCUUAUCCUGUCUAGUUCUGUCUUAUCCUGUCCCGUUCUGUCUUAUCCUGUCCCGUUCUGUCUUAUCCUGUCCCGUUCUGUCUUAUCCUGUCCCGUUCUGUCUUAUCCUGUCUAGUUCUGUCUUAUCCUGUCCCGUUCUGUCUUAUCCUGUCCCGUUCUGUCUUAUCCUGUCCCGUUCUGUCUUAUCCUGUCUAGUUCUGUCUUAUCCUGUCCCGUUCUGUCUUAUCCUGUCCCGUUCUGUCUCAUCCUGUCCCGUUCUGUCUUAUCCUGUCCCGUUCUGUCUCAUCCUGUCCCGUUCUGUCUUAUCCUGUCCCGUUCUGUCUUAUCCUGUCCCGUUCUGUCCUAUCCUGUCCCGUUCUGUCUUAUCCUGUCCCGUUCUGUCUUAUCCUGUCCCGUUCUGUCUUAUCCUGUCUAGUUCUGUCUUAUCCUGUCCCGUUCUGUCUUAUCCUGUCCCGUUCUGUCUUAUCCUGUCCAGUUCAGUCUUAUCCUGUCUAGUCCCAUCCCGGCCCAGACCGUCCAGUCCUGUCCUUCUCAGUUGCCCUAGCGUGAGACAGCAGAGAUGUUGGCCUAGCAAAAAAUCAUCAAGGAAGAAUGGGAGAAAAUCCCCAAAUCCAGAUCUGCAAAGCUGAUGCAGACAUACUCUUGACUUCUCAAAGCUGUAAUCUCUGCCAAUGGUUCUUCUACAAGUAUUCACACCCUUGAGUCAAUAUUUUAUGUAAAUCAGAUAAUUCUGUAUUUCAUUUUAAAUUAGCAACAAAUUCUAAAAACAUGUUUUCACUUUGUAAUUAUGGGUUAUUGUGUGUAGAUGGGUGAGAUAAUAUAUUUAAUCCAUUUUGAAUUCAGUCUGUAAUACAACAAUAUGUGGAAUUAGUCAAGGGGUGUGAAUACUUUCUGAAGGCACUGUAUACAGUAGGUCUCUUGCUUUCUGAAUCUUUGCCUCUUAAUCACUGUGUUAUAAUGCAAUCCUUCACAGAAGGCCAAUCAUAUGUGUAUAAUAUAAAGACAGUAUUGAAUAUCUAUUAGACAG